AUGUCGUGUCAUAAGUGUGUACUCCAAGAGUUCGACCGAGACUUGGAUUUACUCGGAUUAAGUGAUUGGUCGCCGAAGAGUACAUUACAACUCUCACAACAACAACAACAGUGCGACCACUCGCUGGUCAGCCAUCGCGACCACAAACACCACACGAGUAGUAAUCAAUGCUCACACUCGCCGCAGACCAAUACAUACGCGCCGUCGCUGACCAACAGUCGAACAUCACUGCAAACAGUGACCAAUCAAUCGCAGACCAGUCAGUCAUCGAAGCCAUCAAUACAUGUAUCCUCUUCUCGAAGUGUGUCGCGAAACACAAGACGUGACAAUAGUUUAUCAACAAAUGACACAAAGAUUGAAACAAAUAGUAGUUCAAUGUUAAGGAAUUUAACUCAACGGUCGCCCACAACUCGGUCUCAGACCGUCCGAAGUGUGCGAACCAAUAGUGGCCUUCAAUCGCGGACAUCAACAACAACCACAACAACACCGACACAUUCUCCGACAUCGCGACUGCAGACACGUCUUCCGGCACAAAGUCUUACACCUAAUGGCAACUCUCACAGCAAACAAAGUUUGUCACCAAAUAGUCGUAACAGUGAUAACAGUGUCAGACAAAGGAUAACAGUUAAGACUACAAACUCAGAUAAUCAGACUCAACAUAAAUCAUUGUCGAUGACGUCGCCGCCAACCACUACAAGUGCGACCACAACAGCGAUACUACCGGAGGCUAGUAUUAGUCCCGAGAUUUUGUUUUUAGUCAAAGAACAGGCAAAGUCUAUCGCGACGAUCAAUGCUCUCCAGAAACGUGUGGAACAAUUGGAAAGGAUUGUUAAACUCCAGAACUUGAAUCUCAAUCUUUUAACAAAUAAUAACUUUAAUCAUAACUGUAAUCAUAAUAAGAUAUCGCCGGAAGUGUCGGCAUCGUCGUCGUCAUCGCCGACGUCUAAGCAACAGUUGGGAGUUGUAAACAAACAAACGCUUAACACAUGUAAAGAAGGAACGCAUGUCUCUGACGACUCGGGCGGGGAAUACAGUCGCGCGACGACCACUUCCGAUGAGGACGAGUUGUCGCUACUGUUGGACCAAAUCGUGAGACGAGCAAAACAAUUGAAUAUCACUAACAUUGGUAGUCAACAACAAACCGUCAAUUGGUUUGCCAAUCCAUGCAUCGGCUGUGAUAUAAGUACUCAUACAAACACUUAA